AUGAAGCUCUCGCUCCUCCUCACCUCGCUGGCAGCACUAUGCCAUGCCGCGCCCUCGCUCCUCCAACCCCGCGCCUCCCUCCAGCAAGUCACAAACUACGGCUCCAACCCCACAAACACAAAAAUGUACAUCUACGUGCCAGACUCGGUCAAAUCCAACCCAGCGAUCGUAGUAGCAGUGCACCACUGCCAGGGCACCGCGCAGUCGUUCUUCGGCAGCACGCCGUACGCGUCCCUUGCGGACCAAAAAGGGUAUAUUGUGAUUUACCCUGAAUCGCCGUACUCGGGGACGUGUUUCGAUGUGUCGUCGAAAGCGACGUUGACGCAUGGAGGUGGAGGGAAUAGCAAUUCGAUUGCGAAUAUGGUUACGUAUGCGUUGCAGAAGUACGCUGCGGAUCCGAAGAGGGUGUUUUUGGUGGGUGCGAGUUCGGGAGCUAUGAUGGCGAACGUAAUGGCGGCGACAUACCCGGAGCUCUUCAAUGCAGUCAUCGCGCAUUCCGGCGUCCCAGCAGGCUGUUUCAUGAGCGCGUCCAACCAAGUCAACGCCUGGAACGGGACCUGCGCAAACGGCAAUGUCCACAACACCCCCGAAGCAUGGGCGAACGUGGUCAAGAACAUGUAUCCAGGGUACACUGGCGCGCGGCCGAGAAUGAUGAUUGUGCACGGCGGCGCUGACACAACGCUGCAAUCGAGGAAUUACAACGAGACGAUUGCGCAAUGGGCGGGUGUGUUUGGGCUUAACCCUACGGCACCGCAGCAGGUCAAGGGGAAUACGCCGCAGUCGGGGUGGACGACGUAUCUUUGGGGGACGCAGUUGAAAGGGGUUUAUGAGCCGAGGUAUGGACACAAUAUUCCGAUUAUUGCGGCGGAUGAUAUGGAGUUUUUGGGAUUGUAGGGUGAGGUUGUAGAAUAGAGUCAAUUGGUGGAUGGUAGGCCGGCAUCCUAAGACUCGGGAUUCGACUUGCUUAUAGUUUUCCUUGACGUUUGUGGCGAGUGGGUUGGAGAUAUUGACCGCCAGGCCAAGGUAUGGAAAUAUGGUGGCAGAGCUGGAAUUGGAACUCCAAAACGACAUGGAACUGUACUUGUCCGCAGUGUGACAGAUGUCCUGGAGAGUGCUCUCUCGACAGUCAUUGUAAUC